AGAUCCAUAAACAACGGUCGUUCGUUUCGUUUGUCGUUGCCUGCAUUCUGUCUGUCUGCCAUACUGCCAUUUUGUUGCUUUUGGUUUUAUGUGCGUUUAGAGAACAAAUUGGUAGAAAAGUCGCAGUGUUUCGUGAAAAGUUGAGCAUUUUUAAUUGCAUUUUGUAAACAAAGUAUUAUUAAACAGUAAAAAUGGCAGCGAGCGACUCUGGGACAGAUGAGUCAUUGUAUCCCAUUGCGGUACUCAUUGACGAAUUGAAGAAUGAAGAUGUCCAACUUCGCCUGAAUUCAAUCAAGAAACUGUCCACAAUCGCUCUUGCAUUGGGUGUGGAGAGAACCAGAUCUGAACUGAUCCCAUUUUUGACUGAAACAAUUUACGAUGAAGACGAAGUACUAUUGGCUUUGGCGGAGCAGUUUGGAAACUUCAUUAACCUAGUCGGAGGCAGUGAGUAUGCACACUGUCUGCUUCCCCCACUGGAGUCCCUGGCCACAGUCGAGGAGACUGUUGUCCGUGACAAGGCAGUCACAUCGCUGCGAGCUGUAGCCGCACACCACACUCCACAAGCUUUGGAACAGCAUUUUGUGCCAUUAGUCCAGCGCUUGGCCGGCGGUGACUGGUUCACAUCCAGAGCCUCUGCUUGUGGGCUAUUCAGUGUAUGCUACCCGCGCGUGUCUGCUCCUGUGAAGGCUGAACUACGGCAGCACUUCUGUUCUCUGUGUCAGGACGACACUCCUAUGGUGCGCCGCGCUGCCGCCUACAAGCUCGGCGAAUUCGCCCGCGUCGUCGAAGUCGAAUAUGUCAAGAGCGAUCUGAUACCCAUGUUUGUUAACUUGGCGCAGGACGAACAAGAUUCAGUCCGUCUUCUGGCGGCGGAGGCGUGCGCAUGCGUGGCCGCGCUGUUACCGCGCGAGGACAUGGAGCAGCUGGUGAUGCCGACUGUGCGCAACAGUGCGGGCGACACCUCCUGGCGCGUGCGCUAUAUGGUUGUGGACAAGUUCGUGGAGCUGCAGCAGGCGGUGGGCGGGGAGCUGACGCGCUCGGAGCUGGCGCCGCUGUUCCAGGCGCUGCUCAAGGACACGGAGGCUGAGGUCCGCGCCGCAGCCGCCGGGAAAGUGAAGGACUUCUGCAAGAACUUGGACAAGGCUCAUCAGGAGCACAUCAUCAUGACGAUGAUCCUGCCACAAAUCAAGGACCUGGUCUGCGACCCCAACCAGCACGUCAAGUCUGCCCUCGCUUCAGUCAUCAUGGGCCUGAGCCCCAUCGUUGGCCGCCAGAACACCAUCGAACAUCUGUUACCACUCUUCCUCACACAACUCAAAGACGAAUGCCCCGAAGUGAGACUAAACAUUAUUUCCAACCUCGAAUGUGUCAACGAAGUCAUUGGAAUCCAACAGUUAGUACAAUCCCUCCUCCCAGCCAUUGUGGAACUCGCUGAAGACACAAAGUGGAGAGUGCGCUUGGCCAUUAUCGAACACAUGCCUCUGUUAGCCGGACAACUUGGACAAGAAUUCUUCGACGAGAAACUAACAGGACUAUGCAUGUCAUGGCUCAUCGAUCAUGUAUACGCUAUCCGUGAAGCGGCCACGCUCAAUUUGAAAAAAUUAGUCGAGCAAUACGGAUCUCAAUGGGCGGAGACUAACGUCAUUCCAAAAGUGCUGGCCAUGUCGCGCGAACAGAAUUAUUUACACCGCAUGACAUAUUUGUUCUGCAUUAAUGUACUGUCAGAGGUUUGCGGAAAGGAUGUCACUACCAGAGUGUUGUUGCCCACAGUGUUGUCUAUGGCUGACGACAAUGUUGCCAACGUGAGAUUCAACGUGGCGAAAACGCUGCAGAAAAUGGCGCCUUUCUUAGACUCAGCUGUGAUCCAACCGCAAGUGAAGCCGGUUUUGGAGAAAUUGAAUGUGGAUCCCGAUGUAGAUGUGAAAUACUUCGCGUCCGAAGCCAUCACUGGCAUCGCCGGUUAAUCGUCAUUGUUUUAAUUUAAUUUUAUAUAAUUAUAUGCUAAAAAUAUACUAGGCACUCUUGUGAUUGAUGCUGUAAAAUUAAAAAAGCUUUUUAAAAAUUGUCAUCUUUUUUAACUAAAUGGUCGCUUGAUUUUCUGUACUUAUAUUUUAAGACGUUUACAGCUUAUUUACACGCAAUGUCAUUGUGUAUUUGCCUAAGUUGAUUGCAGUAAACGUGUUAAAUGAAAAACGUUAUUUAUGAAACAAUUCCAUUUUGCAGUAUUAAUACUAACAGAAUGCCUAGUUUGUUUUCUAAAACUAUUACAUAAAUCAAGUAUAUAAAAUAUCCAAAUUCAGACUAACAUCUAUUCAAUCGCUUAAACUUGAAUAGACUUAGUUAUUUAUUAAGGUCCCACUGUAGCCGAAACUUUCGGUGUUGUAGUUAUAAUUCAUUCCGAACACUUGAGAUAUUUGUACCUCGUAAAUGUGAAUAAAAUUCUAAAAUACAA